AAUAUCUUGAGCGAUGAGAUGUGAUGAAACGUCAGAAAAAUGUUACACCGGCUAAAAAUUUCUGUAUUUUCUAUAGAUUCAGGUCAUAUUUUAUAUAGGAAUGUCCCCAGGGUUAUUGCUUCUAGGAAAUAUUCAUCUACAACGAGAAUCCCGGAUUUUUCUCAGUAUAAGUCUGGAUCAUCAACACAAUUAAAUCGUACAUUUUCAUAUUUUAUGGUUGGAACGUUUGGAAUGGUAGCAGCAGCUGGCGCUCAAGCAACGGUUACAGAUUUUUUAUCAAAUAUGUCAGCUUCAGCAGAUGUUCUUGCGAUGGCAAAAAUUGAAGUGGAUUUGUCAGUUCUUCCAGAGGGAAAAAACAUGAUUAUUAAAUGGAGGGGAAAACCUGUUUUUAUUCGACAUCGUACUUUAGAAGAAAUUGAAGAGGCACGUUCUGUUAAUAUUUCAUCUCUUAGAGAUCCUCAAACAGAUGAUGAACGUACUAAAAAACCUGAAUGGCUUGUUAUGAUUGGUGUUUGUACACAUUUAGGGUGUGUUCCUAUUGGUGAAGCAGGAGAUUAUCAUGGGUGGUUUUGUCCAUGUCAUGGAUCUCAUUAUGAUAUUUCAGGUCGUAUACGAAAAGGGCCAGCACCUCUUAAUCUUGAGAUUCCUGAAUACAAUUUUGUCGAUGAGGACAAGCUUGUCAUUGGUUAAUUUCUUCUUUAAUUCUUCUAAUGUCUCUAAUAAUUUCUUAUUCAUUUAGUUUUUUCAUUUUAUUUUUUUCUAAAAAAUACUUCAUUUAUACCAUUUUAUAAAUCUCAUAAAAAAUAUUUUUUUUUAAAAAAAAAAUACAAUAAAUCAUUAUUUUUCUUUGUUUCCAUGAGGUAUU